AUGGAAGACGAGGAAAAGACUAAAAACACGUCCCAACAUGCCGCAGAAGGUGGAGUCCUCGGAGCAACCAAAAAUGCGGCUCGCUACGUUGUUAAAACCGGCGGAAGAAAAUCGAAUAUCGUGAAUGUUUACGACAAGGCUGCCAUAUCGUCACGCGGAAACCCGAAAUGGUUCGCGAGAAUCGAUAAGCCACAUGGCAAUGUUCAAUAUCAUCAUGUGAAUGUGAACAAGGCGAUUACCGGUGUCCCAGAUCCACACAUUCCGAUUUCUCAAGCCACUGCACAUGCUGCUGGAGCAGCAGGAUCAGUUAUGAAUGUUGUUAACAAAGUCGCUCCGGCUCUGGCUGCCGUUUCGGUUGUUGUCGAGACAGUUCAAUUCGGCGGCGCUGUUUUCAAAGACAUUGAAAACGGUUCCACCAGAAACACACUUCAAAAAACAGUAUCUACUGCUGCGGCGACCGCUGGAGGAAUGUCUGGAUUUUCUGCUGGCGCUGCCAUCGGAACCGCCGUUCUCCCGGGUAUCGGAACAAUUGUUGGCGGACUUUUUGGUGCAAUCUUUGGAGGUGCCACUGCAGGAGCAUGCGCUGAAGAAGCCAGUGAGAAAACAAGAAACGUUUUCCAACAUGCCGCUGAAGGUGGAGUCAUCGGAGCUUACAGAAAUUCUGCUCGCUAUGAUAUAAGGAUUGGUGGAAGAAAAUCGAAUAUCGUAAAUGUUUACGACAACGCUGUUAAAUCGUCACGUGGAAAUUCGAAAUGGUUCGCGAGAAUCGAUAAGCCACAUGGAAAAGUUCCAUUCUACCAUAUCAAUGUCAAUAAGGCGAUUACCGGUGUCAAGGAUCCACAUAAUAAAAUUUCUUCUGAAACUGCAAAGCUUGAUGUUGGAGCCGGACGAGUUUUGAAUGUUGUUAACAAGAUGGCUCCGGCGAUGGCUGUCGUUGCGGUUGCCAUCGAGACUGUUCAAUUCUAUCGCGCCGUUGCCAAAGACAUUGAAAACGGUUCUACCAGAAACACACUACAAAAAACAGUGUCUACCGCUGCGGCGGCCGUCGGAGGAUACUCUGGAUAUUCAGCUGGCGCUACAAUCGGAACAGUAUUUCUCCCGGGUGUUGGAACCAUGGCAGGUGGACUUUUUGGUGCAAUUUUGGGAGGAGCCGGUGCUGGAGCGUAUGCUGAAGGAGCUAGUGAAAAAUAUUUCGAUUCGGUCAGCCUUGGAAUCGAUCAUCCGAAGUGCAAAAAGUGUCGACAAGAAUUUAAGCGGUAUCGAUACAAAGAGGGACAUCAACAAUUGUGUCUGAAGUGCCGUUGA